GAGGUCCCAUGGCAGAUGCCGGAGAUCUCGUGGUUCCCCGGCGAGGACGACCGAAUUCCCGUCGAGUUCGAGGUCAAGAUGACGGACGAGUCGAAGCUCUACCAGUACCACGUGUUGAAGUUCGUGCCUUGGGUUGAGCAUCACCAUUUGCUUGAGGUUCCCCGUGGGCUUUCUUGUGAAGGUUUAGUGGGCGUGGUCUCGGAUCUGCCCGUGCCCGACAUACCCAGCCAUUUUUCCCUUGCGGAGGAGGUUGUCUCAAACCCUAUGAUAGACGGAGUGAGCUUGGGGUCACAACACCUGGAUAAAAUCAAGCUUGCCUACGCCGAGGGUUUGUCCCUGGUUCGCCUCGAUGUAGUUCCGCCCAAUUAUAUCACCGAGAUUACAGAUCAUGUCGUUGAGGUCGUGCAUGAUUUCAAUACAGGUGCUCAGUACAUGAUCGAUCGUGAAUUUGGCAACUGUUCUGUUGAUCGUAUUCCAGAUUACACUUUCGACACUCAUUUUGGAGGCAUGCUGGGAACAGGGGGGUUCAUGCUCGGCCCCAACGAACUCUUCCACUUGGACGACACCUACGCUUACGUGGGCGAGCGAUCCACACGGGAGAUCGGGAGUGACAUGUGGACCUCCACCCGUGAUGACAUUCCAGACCCUGACGUCGAGUUUGUGGAGAACUUUCCCAAGGCGGUUCUCGAGUAUUACUUCGCUCAGGGCCUUGAGGUGACUCCCGCCAACAAAGUGCCUAUCAAGAUGCCCAUUCGAGGAGAUCUCUUCACCUACAACCGGUCAAACCCCUUGCAGGCCACGGGUAUGAUGACUACCAACUUCUACGACUUCAAAGAGGUGGCUUUGUACACCGAGACAGAGUUCAGUGUGGAAGAAUGCUACGAGCGCUGGAGUGAUCGAUGGUCAUAUCUCAUUAUCACCUUCCCCGCCGCCCAUAAGAACCAGUUCGAAGCAGCCGAAAAGAAGCAAGAUUUAUUCAAGCAUCAAGUUUUCGAUCUGAUAAUAUCCAGAGGUGAUAUUUCCCCCGUUCGGAUUGCGUCGAUUGAUGUGUCAGAGGGAGUCUCCGGCCUGGUGCCCAACACAACAGACGCAGAUUUGAUCAUCGUCUCCGUGAAGCUUCUUGAGAGAGCUCCCUACCUCCUCUCCUACAGGUAGGUUCUCAGGUGGUGCUAGUAGCUG